AUGUCUCACAGCCAAUCCUCUGGCUCCAUGGAGGACCAAGUUCCUCUUGUAGUGGAGACACACAUUUCUGAGCUGCGUUUGGACAGCAGGUCCAGCUCAGACACAGAAACCGAUGAGUUCUCUAAACCACAGCGAUCUGCAUCAAACAUAGACCUGUCUGAGGCUGGCCAGCCAGGAGAGAUCACUCUCAGCACACAGAGUGCUGCCGCCCGCAAGCUGGGCACUCAGCAGCUCAUCCCCAAGAACCUGGCCUUGUCCAGCCGCACCAAGAAGCACCGUCAUCACCACACCACUGUCGUCACUCUGCCUGUCCAGCUGGAGAGCAACAAAACCCAGCGCUUUUCUCAUAAUCCGGAUCUUUCCUGGGAUGACUAUGACAGUGACGGUGACGGGCUCGCCCUGCGCAGGAAUCGCAGAAAUAAGUCGUACCGGGCAGCAGUGACCAGUCUGAACAUGGAUGACCUGGUGCUGAGUAGCGCUGCAGCCAAACUGAAUCCAGUGAAUGAGGAGAAGGCAGCCAGCCCACAGCCCGUACACAGAUCUAGACGCAAGAGAACUCUGGGGAGAAAAAGAAACCAGAGACAUGGAGGAUCCUUUAAAGAUGAGCCCAGACUGUACCAGCAGAUUAAAGAGCGCGGUUUACAGUCCAACAACGCUGAUGAGGAUGACUUCACCCAAUCACAGCCCCCAGACCCGGACCAGGGCAUUGUGGUCCAGAAUUACAGAGCCUCCUACAUCCCCUGGAGUCAGUUACCUCAGGUGAAGGAUUUGGGUAUUCUAGACAUCAUCUCUCCAGAGGAGCGAAAACGUCAGGAGGCCAUCUUUGAGAUCAUCACAUCCGAGUACUCCUACCAGCACAGUCUGUCCAUCCUGGUUCGCCACUUUAAGGAGAGUGACGCUCUGAGACGCACCAUGACCACGACUGAACAUCACCAUCUCUUCUCAAACAUCUCUGUGAUCCAGGCCAUCAGUAAACGUUUUUUCGAAGAUUUGGAGAAGCGACACCAGCACUACCCUGUGAUCCAGGACAUCAGCGAUAUAGUACAGAAUUAUGCCUCCCAACACUUCCAACCCUACAUCGUGUACUGCUCCAACGAGACCUUCCAGCAGAGAACUCUGCAGAAGCUACUGGCUAAUAACAAUGCUUUUAAGGAGGUGUUGAAACAGAUUGAAUCCAGUCCAGAGUGUGGAGGUCUACCAAUGAUUUCUUUUCUCAUUCUUCCAAUGCAGAGAGUCACCCGUCUACCACUGUUAUUGGAUACCAUCUGUCAGAAGACACCUGCUCAGACGGCUGAGUACUUUGCUGCAUGCUGGGCCCUGAAGGCCAUCAGUAAGCUGGUAAAGGCCUGUAAUGACGGAGCCAGGAGGAUGGAGAGGACUGAGCAGAUGUACACCAUCCAGAAACAGAUGGAAUUUGGCAAGAUCAAGCCAUUCCCCCUAGUGUCAUCCUCCCGUUGGCUGAGGAAGAGGGGGGAGCUGUCUGUAAAUAUGGAGGACCUCAGUAUCUUCUGGAAAGCCUUCAGCCAUAAGAGCUACUAUCUUUUUGUUUUCAACGAUGUACUUAUCGUCACCAAGAAGAAGGGGGAAGAGAGCUUUCUGGUGUUAGACUACGCCACUACAGAGAACGUGACAGUGGUAGAGGAGCCGACGGACACCAAGCAGACGUCCAGUCAUCUUUACCUCAGGCUGCGAAUGAAUCCAAACAGCGAGGGGCGCUGUGACCAGAUUCUCCUUGUGGCCGAAUCCAAGCUGGACAAAGCACGCUGGGUGACAGCACUGCGGGAUCACAGACAGACUGGAAACAGCGUCAACAAAGACGACCUGCUACAGUUUGAGGCGAAUAAAGCUUACAUGCCUAAAGAGCCAGAUGAGCUGAGCCUCCAGCAGGCUGAGCUGGUGAUUGUUCUCCAGCAGGUGGAAGGCUGGUGCUAUGGGGAAAGAAUGAGGGACGGGCAGAGAGGCUGGUUUCCUGCCAGCUGUGCCACUCAGAUCACCAACCGCACUGCCAUGGAGAGCAACAUCCAGAGAAUGGAGCGUCUACGCAAAGAGACCAAUGUGUGA